AUGGUAUCAAGCGAUCUGAACUGGUCCAAACAGAUCGGUAAUAUGGUCAAGAAAGCUAGAAGCACACUGUCAUGGGUGUUUAGUGUCUUCAAAACUCGUGAUAGGACCGUAAUGACUACCCUAUAUAAGUCUUUGGUCAGAAGCCUACUAGAGUACUGUUGUCCGCUGUGGGACCCUGUUAAGGUGACUGAGAUCCAGCUUUUGGAGGGGGUCCAGCGAACAUUCACCGAUCGUAUAUGCGGUCUGGAAAAUAUGAACUACUGGGAGAGGCUUUCACAUCUAAAGCUAAUGUCACUGCAGCGCAGAAGGGAACGGUACACUAUUCUGAUGAUGUGGAAGAUCCUUCACAAUGUUGUCCCCAAUUGCAGCAAUAUAAGGUUCACAAAAACAUCCAGACAUGGUACCCGAGCAAUCAUCCCUUCCCUGUCUAGGUUAAGUUCCUCGAGCAACCAGACACUCUAUGACAGCUCAUUUGCUGUAAGAGGACCAAAACUGUGGAACAAAGUGCCUGAUAAUAUUAAAGCUGAAGCUACGUUUGAGUCGUUUAAAGUUAGUUUGUCCAAGUUUAUUGCUUUGAUACCGGACAACCCUCCGACUUCCGGUUAUAGCUGCAGCUGGUCUAAUUCCCUGGUAGACUACUCGCCAUCGAGGUGGUCAGAAAUCUGA